AAUAUAAUAAUAUAGGAGGGUUUGUAAUCUGUGGUUAUCUAUCCAGAUUCCAGAAGUAGAAUUUAGAAAUGGUGAAUUAUGUUUUCAAAUGCUACUUAAAAAAUCCGUUUAAGUUAUGGCCAAGUUGUAUAAACGAGUCACGUUAUGAAAUGCAUUCAACAUAAAUGAAAACGUUUAGUUUGAAAUAAAUUGGAUAGAUGAAUAGUAAAUACGGAUUUAUUCAAAAUGGAUUCUAAAUUGUAAGCUGUAUUUAUGUAAUGUCGUCAGUCCACUGUGUAGUGGUAUGGGAGUGGCAGCAUGACGGCCAGUGGCUGCCUCAUUCGCCUGGUGUUGCCAGGACGUUAGAACGAGCCCAUGCCAAGAAACUAACCAGGGUUGUCCUAGCAGAUGCUGAACCAGCUCUUAAGGGGCAUUAUGUCAAUUUACGCACUUUGACACAGUGUUCAGAGACACAAGGUAUAUCAGAAUGUCGUGUACGACGAUCUUGCUACAGCGUGAGUUCUCCCGGAGGGCGCGGCUUGCGCUGGGAGUGGGCGCGACUGGCAGAUCCUCCCAGAGCCGCUGAGCUUAGAUACGAUCCUCUGCCUAUGGAGGUACAAUGUCGUCUAGAAGAGGCUUGGGAGCGGGGAAUCGAAGCCGUAUCAUUUGACGGCUGGGUGGGGUCACUAUCCAGUAUGACUGCCCAACGUCACAUCACAGGUUUGCCUGGGGUGUUGAGGCUUCUACGAAGGGCUGCGCAUCCGCCCUACCCUCUCACCCGCUCUACACCCCCUCCGCCUGCUCCACCCGAAAGGGUAUCUUUUGAUGUUCGUCGACCGCGUAUACCCCAGCAGCACACGGGCUCCAGUGUCCAGUCGGUGCAAUCGGUACAGUCCGCGGUGUCAGGGCAGUCCGUGAAGUCGGCCCCCUGCGCGGGCGCCGGUCGGGAGGUGCGGGGAGGGGCGCGCAGUGCUUCGCCCCGAGACAGGAAGCCGGGACUCGCUCGCCAAAUUCUGCACAACCUCAAUAUUUUCAGCAAUAAUAACAAAGGCAACGUGGAAAUAAAGGAGAAGGAGAAAGAAGAGACGGACUGCGGCAGCAGCAGGUCGGGUCGACGGCACAGCGUCGACACCGUGUCCACGUACCUCAGCCACGAGAGCAAGGAGAGCUUACAGCAAGCGUCGGUGGGCGAGCUCCUGAACUGCAGCAUGGGCAGCGACGACGUGUUCGAGACCCCCGUGCCCGGCUCCGAUUCGCCUGCCCUCGAUAAUAAUACAGUAGGUCCGGAGCCGUUGCUGGAGAAGCCGAGCUGCGUGGGAGUUAGCGAGGAGGAGUGGGCCGUGUGGCGCAGCGUGGUGCCCGUGAGGGGCGGGGGCGCGAGGCGAGGGGCCGGGGCGUGGUGCCCGGCGUGCGCUCUGCCCCUGGACGAGCGAGGCGAACUCCGAGACGUCGUGGCGCUGGUGCACUGCGGCCACGAGAUGCAUCUCCGCUGUCUGCGCAUUCACAAGCGGAAGAUACGGGAGACCGAGGGGGCGACCUACAUCGAGUGCCUCGUGUGCGGUCAGCAGUACGGUCGCAACGGAGAUAGAGAUAGAGAGAGGGAAAGGGAGGCCCGGGAGAGUGGAGGCGAGCAGCCGGGCGGCUCCAUGGCCUGGAGGCGCCAGCCUGACUCCCUCCCCGGACACCCUUCGCACGCCGGUUCCAUACUCGUGACUUACAAUUUCCAAUCGGGUCGUCAAGGGGCGGGGCACCCGGCCCCCGGCUCCCCCUACUACGCCGUGGGGUUCCCGAGACACACCCUCCUGCCCGACACCCCCGUCGGACGACAGGUGCUGGCCGGUCUGCAGGGCGCGUGGGAGCGUCGCGUCCUGUUCACGGUGUCCGCGUCUCGGACGACCGGUCGCGAACACGUGAUCUCUUGGCGGAUCCCGGCCCCGCCUUCCGCGCCUCACCACUACGGCCCACCCCUGUACGACAAGGUGCUCCUGGACACCUUGCACCAUCUCACUUCUCUGCUCGGGGACUGCGGCUCGUAGCGAGAGAUGGCGAAGGUGCGACUCCAGUACGAACGAAACUUGUCUAUUUUCCUAUUUUACAUGUAUUAUUUACUAUAUUUAUUUACACAAAGGAAUAUUUAACAUUUUUAAAACUAAUAUAAAUAUACCUUUUAUAGUAGAAUUUGAUUAAAACGAGUCUUCCGAUUGAGGCAUUCCGAUGACGCCAUUUAAUGUAAGGUUUAUAAAACAAUAAUAUAUUAAAAGGAAGGAAAUACAUCGACCGAUGUCUAGAGUAUUUAUUAGAAUAAUAUU